AUGUCCCUGAAUUUCUUUGCUACAGCCGAAAAUACACCAUCAUGCGCCGCAAGCUUCCAAGACGCAACAGGCGACGCCAAGACGUUCACACCUGUUCAGUCUAGUACUGACACGGUGAUGGCGGGAGGCACUGCCGCCGACCUAGCCACCACAUUUUACUUGACGAACGGAAUUUUGGCUGGUGGUAAAUCUUUCACCGAUCCUUCGGGGAUCAGAGUCGCCGGAGGCGGCUCUGGUGGUGGCUGCUGGGACAUCUCCAGCGGCACUGUAAAGGUCGCAGCCUGCGAUCUAGCCAAGAACCAGACAUUCUAUGUCGGGAUCCCUGGUGACAAGCAGCCGUUCUUCAUCUUCUCCGCAACACUAGGAGCCCUCGAGAGGCCCGCCACAGCCGGCGACGCCCUCACCUUUCCUUCGGCCAGCCAGACCCAGUUCUGCGCGUACGCGAAUGACACCGGAAAGCUCGUCAUACCUCCUGCCACGGGGACUAUGUACUACCCUCAAGCACAGCUGACAAACCUUACAUCCACCUCCUUCGGUACCACCCCCCCAGCAUCCGAAGGCGACAUUCCUCAGUGCAGAUUCGCCGACCAAGGCAACACAUCAACAUCCAUGCUAGAAAGCAUGGGCUCGACCGACUGCAUCGUCGCGCGGUCUUUUGCGACUAUCCCCAGCGGCUGCGAUGCCAACCCUUCCAACAAGACUUGUAUCCUUCACUUGUGGCCUGCCUUUUGUCUGGACCUUCCUGAAGUUCGCACUGGUGCCAACGCAUCGGAUGCUCUCGAGAUUUGUGUGAGGAAGAUCAGCCAGGGACCUUGCGUUGCCAAUCCCUCCGGAGCCGCUUGCGCUUCUAAUCUCUUUGCUGGGAUCAAGUAUGUUGGUGGUGUUGGUGGUGGGGGCAGCAGCGCGACCUCGAAGCGUCAGACUUCCAAUGAUCCUCUGUUUGGGAAUCCCGAGUCGAAUAUUCCUCUCGAGGACCAAUUUUGGAUGGGUGUCAUGAAAAAUGUUAUCAACUCAGCUAUCGGUGCCUUCAAAUUUCUGGCCACACCGCACGUCCAAGAGCUUAAGAUCACAUGCAUGGGCAUGAGCCAUCUCACCAGCAUCUUUGAGGCAAGCGUUGGGAAGACCAUUCGAGAAGGGUGCAGAGAUGCCUUCAGAGCAUUCGAUAGCAUCCACGAACUCACCUACGACAACGACAUCGAGAAGGCAGGCAGUAUCUUUGCCGAUGUCGUGGGACUUUUGAGUCUGGCCAAAGAUGUAGCAACGGCAGCAAAGGCCGUUGGGGCUGUUGAUGCCGUACUGGCCAAGUUCGGCAAGACUGUCGCAACCGUUGGCGAAGGCAAGGGGCUCAUGCUGGAAGCCAAAGAGGGUGAAAAUACGGUUCAGAUCUUUCGUGAUACUGGCGAUGGAAAGCCGAAGCUUUUGUACACUGAUAGCGAUGUUGCUGCCAUGGAAAAAUCUAUCGAGGAAGGAGGAUUCGACAACUGCAAAAUCUGCAUCGAGGGCGGCGGUGUCAAGGUCCGCCGUCAAAGGGGCAUUCUUCGCAAGUUCUGCUGCUUCCUGAGUCCCCAAACCAUAGAAGCCCCCGAGCCCGUCUGGAACGAUCAGACCGGGCUGGCAACCGGCCUCGGCACGUCCGAAGCCAUCCCUUUAGCCAACCGUGUCGUCGCUACCCUAUCCGAAACAGCAGCCCUCUCCACCGACGAGAAGACAAUCAUCACCACAAUGAGCCAGGGCUUUGCCAACUGGUACACAAAGGCGCAGUCCGUCUCCGCAAACGUCGACGAGAUUAGCACCCUACUCCUUGAGGCGAGAAAGAACACCGCCGACUGGGGCAAGAUCGCUACUGCGACGUCCAAGGCCUACGGUCUGAGUGAUCAGGAGAAGUGGGCUCUCAAGACGUGGAUUCAGUGGUACAUGAUUAACCCCGAGUUCAACAACGCCUUGUCAAAGCUGCCUUCUGCUACCGGCUUGGUGGUCCGCUCGACUGAUCUUGAUGCUGCGACGGUUAGUAUGCUCAACAAGCUUGAGACUGGUGUGAUUAGCAAGGGCAAGGCAGGCAUAUACGAGGUCCAAGACCUCGUUCUCAAUGUGAACACGCCCUCAGGCGGAACGGGCCAAGUUCGCAAAGUCAUGGCGACGACCCUCAACCUCGGCGACGGCAUGUUCACAACCACAAAAGACUAUCUCUUCAUGAUCAACUCCAAGUCCGGUCGGUAUAUCGAAGCUGUUGCCAACUCCGAAUACCGCGAGACCUCCUUUGUGCAAGGAAUCUCGGGCAAGUUUAAGCUCAUCGGCAAGCAAGAGUUGAACGGCGGCGAGGCCGCCAAGGCGGCGGGCAAGCCAGGUCCCUACGCUGUCUAUUAG